GUUUGGAUUGAAGAAGUAGAGGAAAUGGAGAGGAGAGUAUGGAAAUUCUAUUUUUUGGGACGAGUAAGAUGGGAUGAAGAUAAUCUUAGGGAAAUUGAGGCAAACAAACAUGUAGUGAAAGAGAUCACUGAACCUAAAACACCAUAUCCAAUGACUGGGGAAGAUGGUUCUUCGUCUCCUUCACUGGACCCUUCCAAUUACAAUCACUAUGACUAUGAGGCACAUGCCGAAGCCCUAAGAGAAGCCAUACAUAGAGCGACUCUAAAUGGUCAGCAGAUUACGUUUUUCGACAGAUGUAGUUCAUCUGAGGAUCAGGCUGAUGCCAUAGAGAAAAAUGAAGGCUAUGUAAAAAAAAUGGAUGAAGAGGAAUUCAAGAAUAAAAGGAGAGCCCAUUACGACGAGAUUAAGAAAAUUAAAGAACUGCAAAAAAAAGGCUGGAAUAUCGUGGAUGAUGAAGUAAUAGACGAGUGGAGCCCAACUCAAGAUCCAGGUGGAAGAGAAAUUUGUAUCAAUGACUACGAUGAGAUUGUGCGAACAAUUGAUGUUGGGGAAAUGGAAGAGAAAUUGCCUAAAUGCAACGUGCACUAGGGUUUUUUUACUUUGAACAAUAUUGCAACUCGGUCAGCUGGAGGCUAGUUUAGCUUAUACUUUUCCUCUUAAUUGUUGGAAUGUUGUAUCAAUGUGCUUGGAUCUAAGAGAUCCAAUAUUCAUGCAACGGUCAAGAAAAGUUGCUUGCAGAAUUAGCAGCCCUGGGAACUCACUUGAUUUUGUUAGGUUGACUGGGAAAAUGAUGCAUGUAUAGUACAAAAUACAAGGCUUUUUUUACU